AUGAAACCGAUGUCUGUUAAACUCUAUAAUGCUAUUGUCGACGAUUUUAACAAAAUUACUUCAUUUAGCCGAAAGUCGGAAAAUGAACUUCGAAAAAAAUAUAAUGAUCUGCCAUCAUCUACAUUUGGUAGUAUAAUGUCAUUAUUAAUUCAGAGGUCCAUGAAACAAAGUUAUCGAAAGUCACCAGUUAUAUCUAGUAAAUAUUAUGAAUUGUAUGAAGAUUUAAUGCGUGACAAAAAUAAAGAAGACGUAAUUAUAAAACUAUCUGAUAGCCAAGGAAUAUGUCCAGCAUUAUUAGUGAGGUCUUUGUUACAAAAUGUAUGUACUCAACUCCAAGCUAAGAAAUAUAUCAAAGACACCACUUUAAUUGAGAACAAAGACUUAGCAUACCAGGUCUUCUUGGCCAUCAUGAAUGAUAAUCAAUAUGGUCCUUAUGCAGACAUUGUGAAACAAUCAAUUGGACUGGAGUAUGAACUUAGAUUGGAAAGAGAGUUAAGAUUAAUGAAUAUAACAUUUUCUGAUGAAAAUAUUCUUCGAUCAAGAGGAUAUGAUAAAACUCCAGAUUUUAAGUUGGAUGUGCCUAUUGCUGUUGAUGGAUUUAUUGUUAAUUGGGUGGAGAGUAAAGCAAUGUUUGGUGAUGAAGAUAACCACUCCGGUUACGUCAAAGAGCAAUUAACAUGUUAUUGGAAUAGAUUUGGGCCAGGAUUAGUGAUAUAUUGGUUUGGAUAUCUGGAGACGUUAGAUUCCACACCAGAAGUAAAUAAUAUGUUCAUACUACGAACAAAAUUCCCAUGUAAAGCUAGUAUAACACAGUACAAAGCUGAAUUGUUA